AUGAGUGUUCACGACUCUCAUCAGCGCUCUCGUGUACGCUGCUCUCCGGACGAGCCCUCGCACGGCGGUUACUUUGCAGGCAGGCCCCGGCCCACACCUGAGCAGGGUAUCUCCAUUCCUCCUCCCCCUGAACUUAGCGCUUCUAAUCAAAGUUCUCCUCGACCUUCACCCCUUUCUGAACCUAAAUUCAUCAACAGCUCUGUAAGGCAACAAACAUCUUUUUGCUGGAAGCCCGCCCGCUCCCGGCGCCGCGGCCCGGGCACUAGGACCCCAGAAAGGAAGGAGGGCGCGCCGGCGGCGGCGCCGCACUUACCGCGCUCGGCUCGCCCGCGCCGCCGGCUCGCUCCCCGGCCGCAGCCGCCGCGUCCACCCGAGCAGCGCGCACACACAGCACUUGGCCAAAUUCAAAGGAGCCGGGCGCGGGGGAGGGGCCCCGCCGAGGGAGCGGAGCGUGGGAGACGGGGGAGGGUGGCGGGAGGGGGAGAGAACAGCAAGUGUUACAACUUCCUUCCCUGCCCAGCGCCCGGCCGCGGCGGGCGAGGGACGCGGCGAGGGGAGGGCAGCGCGCGCCGGAGCGCCAAUGAGUUCACUUUCUUUUUCUCCCCCGCGCUCUCCCCCUCUCCCUUCCCGCCGGCCCCUCUAAGCCUCCAGCUCGGCCGGAGAGGCCGGGCCGGAGUUUUCGGUUCUCGGCGGGAGAGCCGGAGGACGGUGGCGGCGAGGGAGGAGGAAGAGGAAGAGGAAAAGAUCGCGGGAGAGCCUAAUCGCAGGGCGAGCUGGACCGGGCUGCGAUCAUUUAUAAUCCUGGACUCCUCCGCUCCGCCACUUGUCAAGAUGACAGGGUGGGCAUUUCAGGUCAGCGGAGUCACCCGAAGAGGUAGGAGUGGCAAGACACUGCCGGGAAGAUGGAUUUCGAGGCAGAAGGGUGUAAUUAAGGAUUUCCACUCUCGGUAGGCGGCCCGUCCUUUACAAGAGGCUCUGAAAAUGACCUGCGCCUUCCCUUCCAGAGUGUCCUCUCGUCCAAAACUGAAAAGCGCAAAUGACCUUCGCACGCGGGAAGGCGCUCUGACCACCAAGAUUCCUUGCAAGCCCCAACUCGGGGCUGGCGGAGAACAAGUGUCCGCCCUCGGGUUCAAGCACCAGGACCUCCCCAACAAGCGCGCAGCGGCCAGGGGGCGGAUUCUAGAGUCCUCUAAAGGCUCCACACCCCGCAUUCUCCGACCCCCCCAUCCCCCGUUCUCCCCUCAGAUUAUCAGCCAAACGCUUUGUUUGCUGUGGGAGGAAAAUAAAAGUUUACUGCUCUCCACAAGACGCUGCCACUUUCUACUCGCUUAAGUUCCCCUCAGCACCCUCGCUCGCGACUCCCCAGCCCCAGCUGCCCCGGCCUAAAGGAAGCCCACCGAGGCAGAUUGCAGUUCCGGCUGCUCCGGACUUUUGGAACACCCUAUCCUGGACCUUCGCGGAGCCGCUCUCGGCCUCUUUGGCGCUCUGGAACCUGCUCGGCACCCCGCGGCAGCAGGGCUGGGGCGUGCGCGCUUGGGGC